CCCGGCCCCGACGCGAUGGGGGCCGCCGCCGGCCGGAGCGCCCACCUGGGGCCGGCACUCGCCGGCCGCCCGCGGGGCUCCCUGCUCCUGCUGCAGCUGCUGCUACUGGUCUGGGCCGCCGGGGCCGUGGGGACCCAGGGCGCCGAGUUUCCAGAGCUGUGCAGUUACACAUGGGAAGCUGUUGAUACUCAAAAUAACAGGCUUUAUAAAAUCAGCAUCUGUGGAAAUAUGAAUAUUGCCCAGUGUGGGUCAUCCAGUGCUGUGUGUAUGCACGACUUGAAGACAGACAGCUUUCGUUCUGUGGGUGACUCUCUUCUGAAAAGCGCAACCAGAUCUCUUCUGGAAUUCAACACAACAGUGAGCUGUGAGCAGCAAAGUGCAGGUCACAGAAUCCAGAGUAGCAUCACCUUCUUGUGUGGGAAAACCUUGGGAACUCCUGAAUUUGUAACUGCAACAGACUGUGUGCAUUACUUUGAGUGGAGGACAACUGCAGCCUGCAAGAAAGACACAUUUAAAGCAAAUAAAGAGGUGCCGUGCUACGCAUUUGAUAGAGAGCUCAAGAAGCAUGAUUUAAACCCACUGAUCAAGAUCAGCGGUGCCUACUUGGUGGAUGACUCUGACCCGGACACCUCUCUGUUCAUCAACGUUUGCAGAGACAUAGACUCACUACGGGACUCCAGUCCGCAGUUGCGUGCCUGUCCCCCCGGCACUGCCGCCUGCCUGGUGCGAGGGGGCCAGGGCUUCGACGUCGGCCGGCCCAAGGAGGGACUGCAGCUCCUGAGCAAUGACAGGCUUGUCCUGAGCUACGUCAAGGAAGAGGCAAUCCAGCCAGACUUUUGUGACGGUCACAGCCCGGCGGUGACUAUUACAUUUGUCUGCCCAUCGGAGCGCAGAGAGGGCACCCUUCCCAAGCUCACAGCAAAAUCCAACUGCCGCUAUGAAAUCGAGUGGGUCACGGAGUACGCCUGCCACAGGGAUUAUCUGGAAAGUAGGAGCUGCUCUCUGAGCAGUGAGCAGCACGACAUCGCCAUCAACCUCCAGCCACUUGUCCAGGACGGGGCUUCAAGCUCCCCACACUACACUUCAGAUGGAGAAGAAUAUGUUUUUUAUUUGAAUAUCUGUGGAGGAACCGAAGCACAGGUCUGUAAUAAGAAGGAUGCUGCUGUUUGCCAAGUGAAAAAGUCAGAUUCCACUCAAGCCAAAGUGGCAGGAAAUCUCCAGAAUCAAACCCUCCGGUACUCCGACGGAGACCUCACCUUGAUCUACUUUGGAGGUGACGAGUGCAGCUCUGGCUUCCAGCGCAUGAGCGUCAUCAACUUCGAGUGCAGUCAGUCUGCAGGUAACGGUGGGAAAGGGGCUCCUGUGUUCACCGGAGAGGUGGAUUGCACCUACUUCUUCACGUGGGACACCAAGUACGCCUGCGUGGACGAGAAGGAGGCCCUCCUCUGCGGCGUCUCUGACGGGAGGCAGCGCUUCGACCUGUCGGUGCUGGCCCGGCACUCAGAACUGGAACAGAAUUGGGAAGCCGUGGACGGCAGCCGGAGGGAACCAGAGAAGAAACAUUUCUUCAUUAACAUCUGCCACCGAGUGCUGCAGGAGGGCAAGGCGAGGGGCUGCCCUGAGGACGCGGCCGUGUGCGCCGUAGAUAAGGACGGAAGUAAAAAUCUGGGCAAAUUUGUUUCUUCUCCCACAAAAGAGAAAGGAAACAUUCAGCUGUCUUACUCCGAUGGUGAUGAGUGUGGUCAUGGCAAGAAAAUACAGACUAACAUAACACUUGUCUGCAAGCCAGGUGACUUAGAAAGUGCUCCGGUGCUGAGAACUUCCAGGGACGACGGUUGCUUCUAUGAGUUUGAGUGGCACACGGCGGCUGCCUGCGUGCUGUCCAGGACUGAGGGGGACAACUGUACGGUCUUCGACUCCCAAGCCGGGUUUUCUUUUGACUUGUCACCUCUCACGAAGAACGACGGCUACAAAGUCGAGACAGAGAAGUACGAGUUUUACAUUAACGUGUGUGGGGCGCUGUCUGCGGGCCCCUGUCCACCAGGCUCGGCAGCCUGCCAGGUGUCCAGGAGUGAUAAGAAGUUUUGGAACUUGGGACGGAGUAACGCUAAGCUUUCUUACUACGAUGGGAUGAUCCAGCUGAACUACAGAGACGGCACACCCUACAACAACGAGAGGCGCACCCCGAGAGCCACCCUCAUCACCUUUCUCUGUGACCGAGAUGCUGGCGUGGGUCUCCCUGAAUAUCAGGAAGAAGAUAACUCAACCUACGACUUCCGGUGGUACACCAGCUACGCCUGCCCCGAGGAGCCACUGGAGUGCGUGGUGACCGACCCCGCCACGCUGGAGCAGUACGACCUCUCCAGUCUAGCCAAAUCUGAAGGCGGCCUCGGAGGGAACUGGUACGCCAUGGACAACGCAGGGCCGCGCAGCACGUGGAGGAAGUACUACAUCAACGUGUGUCGGCCCCUGAGCCCCGUGCCCGGCUGCGAUCGCUACGCGUCCGCGUGCCAGAUGAAGUUCGACAGCUCCCAGGGUUCGUCUUCUGAAAUCGUCUCCAUCAGCAACUUGGGGGUCGCCAAGACAGGCCCGGUGGUGGAGGCGAGCGGCAGCCUACUGCUGGAGUACGUGAAUGGCUCAGCCUGCACCACCAGCGACGGGAAGCGGACCGCCUACACCACCAGGAUCCACCUCAUCUGCUCCAGGGGCAGCCUGAAUACCCACCCCAUAUUUUCUCUCAACUGGGAGUGCGUGGUCAGUUUCCUGUGGAAUACAGAGGCUGCCUGUCCUGUCCAAGUAAUGACAGACACAGACCAGGCUUGCUCCAUCAGGGACCCCAACAGUGGGCAUGUGUUUGAUCUGAACCCACUAAACAAGUCCCAAGGAUACGUGGUCUCAGGCAUCGGGAAGAUCUUCUUGUUUAACGUGUGUGGCACGACGCCCCUCUGUGGGACCCUGGACGGAAAGCCGGCUUCCGGCUGUGAGGCAGAGACCCAGGAGGAGGACCUCAAGAAUCUGAAGCCGGGAAGGCUGGUUGGACUGGAGAAGAGCCUUCAGCUGUCCACCGAGGGCUUCAUAACUCUGACCUACAAGGGGUCGCCUUCCCAUUCUGGAGGGAGAGCUGAUGCUUUCAUCAUCCGCUUUGUUUGCAAUGGUGACGUUUACCCAGGGAACCCCAGGUUCCUGCAUCAAGACAUCGACUCUGGCCUUGGGAUCCGGGACACUUUCUUUGAGUUUGAAACGGCCUUGGCCUGUGUACCUUCUCCGGUGGAUUGCCAAGUCACAGACCCGGCUGGGAACGAAUAUGAUCUGAGCGGCUUAAGCAAAGCCAGGAAGCCUUGGACUGCAGUUGACACCUCGGCUGAUGGGAAGAGGAGAACCUUCUACUUGAGUGUCUGCAACUCCCUCCCUUACAUUCCCGGCUGCCAUGGCAGCGUUGUGGGGUCCUGCCUGGUGUCGGAGGACAGCAGCUGGAACCUGGGCGUCGUGCAGGUCAGCCCUCAAGCUGCCGCCAAUGGGUCCCUGAGCCUCGUCUAUGUCAACGGUGACAAGUGCGGGAACCAGCGCUUCUCCACCAGGAUUAUGCUUGAGUGCUCCCACACGACGGGAUCGCCGACCUUUCAGCUUCUGGACGACUGCGAGUACGUGUUUGUCUGGAGAACGGUGGAGGCCUGUCCUGUGGUCCGCGUCGAAGGAGACAACUGUGAAGUGAAGGACCCGAGGCAUGGCAACUUGUAUGACCUGAAGCCUCUCGCCCUCAACGACACGGUCGUGAGCGCCGGCGAGUACACGUACUACUUCCGCGUCUGCGGAAGGCUGUCCUCGGGCGUCUGCUCGGCCGGUGACAGGUCCAGGGUCGUCUCGUCAUGUCAGGAAAAGCGGGGACCUGAGGGAUUUCAGAAAGUGGCAGGUCUGCUUACUCAGAAGCUGACCUAUGAGAAUGGGGUGUUGAAGAUGAACUAUACUGGGGGGGACCCUUGCCACAAGGUGUACCAGCGCUCAACGACCAUCUUUUUCUAUUGUGACCGCAGCACCCAGGCGCCGGUGUUCCUCCAGGAGACUUCAGACUGCUCCUACUUGUUCGAGUGGCGCACGCAGUAUGCCUGCCCGCCUUUUGACCUGACCGAGUGUUCAUUCAAAGACGGGGCUGGGAACACCUACGACCUCUCACCCCUGUCAAGAUACAGUGACAACUGGGAGGCCAUCACGAGUACGGGGGCCACCGAGCACUACCUCAUCAACGUUUGCAAGUCUCUGGCUCCCCAGGCUGGCUCGGAGCCGUGCCCCCCAGAGGCGGCCGUGUGUCUGCUGAGUGGCUCCGAGCCCGUGAACCUCGGCAGGGUGAGAGAUGGUCCCCAGUGGAGAGAUGGCAUGACUCUGCUGAAGUAUGUCGAUGGUGACCUGUGUCCCGAUCGGAUUCGGAAGAAGUCCACCACCAUCCACUUCAGCUGCAGCGAGAGCCAGGUGAACUCCAGGCCCAUGUUGGUCAGCGCGGUGGAGGAAUGCGAGUACACCUUCUCCUGGCCCACGGCAGCCGCGUGUCCCGUGAGGAGCAACGUGCACGGCGACUGCCAAGUCACCAACCCCGCCACGGGACACCUGUUUGACUUGAGCUCUCUGAGCGGCAGAGGUGGAUACACCGCUGCUUACAGCGAGAAGGGGCUGGUCUACAUCAGCGUGUGCGGGGAGAACGAGAACUGCGCCCCCGGCGUGGGGGCCUGCUUUGGGCAGACCAGGAUCAGUGUGGGCAAGGCCAGCAAGAGGCUGGCCUACGUGGACCAGGUCUUACAGCUGGUGUACGAGGACGGGUCCCCGUGUCCCUCCAAAACCGGCCUGAGCUACAAGAGCGUCAUCAGCUUCGUGUGCCGCCCCGAGACCGGGCCCACCAACCGGCCGGUGCUCAUCUCCCUGGACAAGCAGACGUGCACCCUCUUCUUCUCCUGGCACACGCCUCUGGCCUGUGAGCAGCCGACGGAGUGCUCUGUGAAGAACGGCAGCUCCAUCAUCGACCUGUCGCCCCUCAUCCACCGCACUGGUGGGUACGAGGCCUAUGACGAGAGUGAGGACGAGUACUCCGACGCCAGCCCUGAUUUCUACAUCAACAUCUGCCAGCCGCUGAACCCCAUGCACGGCGUGCCCUGCCCUGCCGGAGCCGCUGUGUGCAAAGUGCCUGUCGACGGCGCCCCCAUAGAUAUUGGCCGAGUCACAGGACCUCCAAUACUCAACCCCAUAGCUAAUGAGGUUUACUUGAACUUUGAAAGCAGUACUCCUUGCUUGGCGGACAGGCAUUUCAACUACACCUCUCUGAUCGCGUUUCACUGUAAGAGAGGCGUGAGCAUGGGGACUCCGAAGCUGCUGAGGACCAGUGACUGUGACUUUGUGUUCGAGUGGGAGACCCCGCUGGUCUGUCCUGAUGAGGUGAAAACGGAGGGCUGCUCCCUGACGGACGAGCAGCUGCACUACAGCUUUAACCUGUCCAGCCUCUCCAAGAGCACCUUCAAGGUGACCCAAGACUCGCGCACCUACAGCGUGGGGGUGUGUACUGCGGCCGCAGGCCUGGAUCAAGGUGGCUGUAAGGAUGGAGGCGUCUGUCUGCUUUCAGGGAGCAAGGGGACAUCUUUUGGGCGGCUGGCAUCAAUGAGACUGGAUUACAGGCACCAGGACGAAGCCGUCAUUUUAAGUUAUGCCAAUGGAGAUAAUUGCCCUCCAGAAACUGAAGACGGUGAGCCGUGUGUGUUCCCCUUCCUGUUCAAUGAGAAGAGCUACGAUGAGUGUGUCCUGGAGGGCAGGGCCCGGCUCUGGUGCGCGACGACCGCCAACUAUGACCGAGACCAUGAGUGGGGGUUUUGCAGACACUCAAACAGCCACCGGACGUCGGCCAUCAUCUUCAAGUGUGACGAGGAUGCUGAUGUGGGGAGGCCACAAGUUUUCAGUGAAGUUCGAGGGUGUGAGGUGACGUUCGAGUGGAGAACAAAAGUUGUCUGCCCCCCGAAGAAGAUGGAGUGCAAGUUUGUGCAGAAGCACAAAACCUAUGACCUGCGGCUCCUGUCCUCCCUCACCGGGUCCUGGUUCUUCGUCCACGACAGGGCCUCCUACUUCAUCAACUUGUGUCAGAAGAUCUAUAAGGGGCCCCUCGACUGCGCUGACAGAGCCAGUGUUUGCAGAAAGAGCCCCUCGGGUGAGGUCCAGGUCUUGGGCCUUGUUCACACACAGAAGCUGGAUGUCAUAGAUGACAGAGUCGUCGUGACUUACUCGAAGGGCCAUCAGUGCGGUGAAAACAAGACAGCAUCCACUGUCAUCGAGCUGACCUGUGCCAAAACAGUGGGCCGGCCUUCGUUCACACGGUUUGACAUCAACAGCUGCACCUACUACUUGAGCUGGGAGUCGCGGGCUGCCUGCGCCGUGAAGCCGCAGGAGGUGCAGAUGGUUAACGGCACCAUCACCAACCCUGCCAAUGGCCGGAGCUUCAGCCUCGGGGACAUUUAUUUCAAGCGAUUCAGUGCCUCUGGGGACAUGAGAACGAAUGGGGACAAGUACCUGUACGAGAUCCAGCUGUCCUCCAUCACGGGCUCCUCCAACCCGGCGUGCUCCGGGGCCAACAUCUGUCAGGUGAAGCCCAACGACCGGCACUUCAGCCGGAAAGUCGGAACUUCCGACAGAACCAAGUACUACGUUCAAGAUGGCGAUCUGGAUGUGGUGUUUGCCUCAUCCUCCAAAUGUGGGAAGGAUAAGACAAAGUCUGUCUCGUCCACCAUCUUCUUCCACUGCGACCCACUGGUGAAGGACGGGAUCCCCGAGUUCAGCCACGAGACUGCAGACUGCCAGUACCUCUUCUCCUGGUACACCUCUGCCGUGUGUCCUCUGGGGGUGGGCUUUGACAACGAGGACGACGGGGAGGACACGCAGGAGCACAAGGGGCUCUCGGAGAGGAGCCAGGCCGUCGGGGCGGUCCUCAGCCUGCUGCUGGUGGCGCUCACUGGCUGUCUGCUCACCCUGCUGCUUUACAAAAAGGAGCGACGGGAGACGGUGAUAAGCAAGCUCACCAACUGCUGCAGAAGAAGCGUGAAUGUGUCCUACAAAUACUCGAAGGUGAACAAGGAGGAGGAGGCGGAUGAGAACGAGACAGAGUGGCUGAUGGAGGAGAUCCAGGCGCCGGCGCCAAGGCCCGGGAAGGAGGGUCAGGAGAACGGCCACAUCACCACCAAGUCCGUGAAGGCCGAGGCCCUCAGCUCCCUGCACGGGGACGAGCAGGACAGCGAGGACGAGGUCCUGACCAUCCCGGAGGUGAAGGUGCACUUGGGCAGAGGGGCCGGGGCCGACGGCGUGCUCCCGAUGAGACCCCCACAGAGGAAGGUGCUCCGGGAGAGAGCGGACGACAGGGUGGGGCUGGUGCGGGGGGAGCCGGCCAGGAGCGGGCGGCCCCGGGCCACGCAGGAGCCGGUGAACUCCUUCCACGACGACAGUGACGAGGACCUCCUGCACAUCUAGGCCCCCGUGCCUGCGGGGCGGGCUCGGCGGCACCAGCGGCACCUCCAACCAAAUAAGACUUCAGCUCCGUGACGCUUCUGUCAUUUUUGCCUUUAACAAAAACUGUUUCAAAAGGGAAGGGUUUGCGUGGUGGGGGAGAGGGGGAGGCGGCCUGCACCACUCUCCGGGGUGGUUUGCCGGCAUGGGAAGGAGGCAUGGCUCCAGCUGCCGGAGGGCGGGGCCAGGCCCCAGGUUUUGUCCCAUGUCCUCGCGUAGAGUGCCUCCUGGCAUGCGCCCGGGCCACACGGGUCUCGGGACAGAGGGCUGUGCUGGAGAAAAACCCUUGCUGCUUUAGGCCCUGUAGGGUAUUUGACCAUUAUAUUUUAGCAUUUAAUUCUCUCCUCCUAUUUAUUGACUUUGACAAUUACUCAGGUUUGUGGAAAAAAAAAAACCAACAGUUUUUUCCUGCCGGUAGUCGGGUAACAUACGUACCUGUCCACCCCUGGUCAAAGGGGAAGCUGUUGGGGCACUUGGAUGGUUUCAUACGAGAUUUUGAACUGGUCCACGAUGUAUCCUCAGUUAGAAUAGGCCAUUCUCUCUCUUUCCCCUUUUGCUCCCUGUCUUGUAAGGGGUCGCAUGUGCCCACACACAUGCGUGGGGUCCCAGUGCCUGGGCUUUGGAGGGUCCGCCCGCUCUCUGCCUCUAGUCAGUAAUGGCUGCAGCUUUUUGCAUGACGUCUUCAAUCCUAGGUGCACAGAUCACAUUUAUCAGUAUUUCUUUCGUCAGCUGGUGAAGUCAGACAACCCACCCAAAGAUUGAUAUGUGUGUGUGUGUGUGUGUGAGUGUGAGAGAGAGAGAAUGGAGCUGAGAUGUCAGAGGAAAUAACCUUUUUCCAGAUCUGGGGUGUAGGUCUCACCUCUUCAGGUUCUCAUGAUACCACCUUUACUGUGCUUUUUUAAGAAAAAGCGUUUCUCAACCAUUCGACCUAUAAGAAGCCUUAAUUUGCACAGUGCGUGACUUACGGAAAUUGCGUGAAAGCCGCUGGGCCAGUGUUUCGCCCUGGCGUUGCACUUGGAUUCCUUCUUGGGGGGCGGCCGAGGUCAGCCUUGGGUCUGCAGGACAGGGGGCGGGAACGCCGCCCUCCCCGGCUGCAGGCUCCUUUCUUGAAGUGUUUAGUGAACGACUUUCCUUGCAUUAUAGAAUUGUAUAUAGACUCAAUGGUAUUCAUAUCGUGGGAAGCAAACCAGCCUGUAGGGUUCCUUGGUUUGUGUUCCGUUUGGCGGGCUUAUUUGAUUUAAACAUGAGUGUAUUUUUAAAAAUUGAUUUCUUUCCUCAUUUUUUCAAUCAAAUUUACUGUAAUAUAAAGUAUUCAACAAUUUGAAUAAAAGAUAAAUUAUUA